AUGGGCACCGGCGUUUUAGAACGAUAUCGGGAUUUGCUUCCCGUGAACGAAGAAACCCCCAUCAUCUCGAUGGGCGAGGGUGACACGCCUCUGGUGCGCUCGCGGCAUCUGGGGCCGGAGUUGGGCUGCCCCGAUCUGUUUUUCAAGCUGGAAGGGUGCAAUCCCACCGGUUCUUUCAAAGACCGGGGGAUGGUGGUAGCCAUCGCCAAGGCCAUGGAGGAAAACAGCGUGGGGGUGAUGUGCGCUUCCACCGGCAACACCAGCGCUUCUGCCGCUGCCUAUUCCGCCUAUUGCGGAUUGGCGGCGUGGGUUCUGAUACCCAAGGGCGAGGUGGCGUUGGGCAAACUGGCGCAGGCAAUGGCCUACGGAGCUCGAAUCCUGCUGGUGGACGGCAACUUCGAUGCGGCGCUGGCGCUGGUGCGCGAGUUUACCGACAACAAUCCGAUUACGCUGGUCAAUUCAGUAAACCCACAUCGCAUCGAAGGCCAGAAGACUGCCGCUUUUGAGGUGUCGGAUAUCCUCGGCGAUGCACCGGAUUAUCUGUUUAUACCAGUGGGCAACGCCGGCAACAUCACCGCCUAUUGGCGCGGAUUCGUGGAAUACCAUCAACUGGGGCAAAACGAUACGCUGCCCAAGAUGAUGGGAUUCCAGGCCGCUGGCGCCGCACCCAUCGUCCUCGGCAAGCCGGUGGCGUUCCCGCAGACCAUUGCAUCGGCGAUACGCAUCGGGAACCCGGCCAGCUGGAAGCAAGCCGAGCGCGCUCGCGAUCAAUCCGGCGGUACCAUCGAUUCGGUUUACCGAUGA